CACACACCACAUUCAUAGUUCAUAACAACCACAACACAAACAUAAACAAGCAUCUUUAUUCAUAAGAAAGAAAGAAACACACACUCUUCAUGGGCAACACAAGUUCUUGUUCUUGCAUCCCUACUGAUAGUUCUAGUUUCGAGAUUUUUAAUGAGAAAGUGAUAAAGAGUAAGAAGAAAACAACAACGUUGUUGGACACUGACGGAAACAUUCGAGAGAUCAAGCUACCGAUGAAAUCAGCAGAGCUCAUGAUUGAACUAAUCGGACAUGUCAUCACUCCGGCGGAUGAACUUCUUAGAACGCGACGGAUCAUCGCCUUACGUGCCAAUGAGGACCUUGUAGCUGGAAAAGUUUACCUGGUGGUGCCGGUGAGUAGGGUGAACUGUAAGGCUUCGGAGUUUGAGAUUUCCAUUGCGGAGAAAAGGAGUGGAAAAAGAAAGGGAAAUGAAACUGCAAAAGUUUCACCAGUAAAGAAGUUAACGGAAAAUGAUAACGGAGGCGUUAUCUCUGUUCGUCAAAGACGAUGGAAUCCAGUUUUGGAUCCAAUUUUUGAAUCCUCUUGAUUGCAUAAUGGAAUUUGGCCAACGAUUUUUAGCCCUUGCCAAGAAUCAUCAUUCAUGUUAUGGUUGUUUUUAGUUUUUCUUUGAUAGUAUAUUUUAACUACACAUUUUGCUGCUUCAAAUGAGCAUAUACAUACAUACUUUGUUUGAAAGGAAACAUUGAGACUUUCUUAUUAA